GUGCUCCGCCCACACCACCCUCUCAUUGGUCUUGCAUAGAAAAGUCCCUCCUCUUCUGAACAAUGAUUGGUGGCCGAGAAGACUGAUGUCGCCUUCGAUUAUUUUACUGAUACGGCAGAGCUGUCACAGGAUUUUGAUCCCACAUUUGUUGGCUGCGCUGGACAUGAGCAAUAAGAAUAAGAAGAAUCUGGAAAGGGACAAGGAGGUGACGUCCUUAGACAGGAGUGCUAGAAAGAAACAGGAGUGGCUCCUGCGCAAGAAAGUGUCUUCCAUUGCUGCAAUCUGUGGAUCACUGAAGAAACACAAAGUGAGGAAACGUUUACCAGACGAGAAUAAAAAGAAGCCAAUGAGAAGAGCUGGACCCAAAGAACCAAAGGUCUCCAAGGAAGAAACCUGCUGCCACCAGCCAGGACACUCUAAGACAAUGUGCCCCAAGUGUGAGAUUGUCACCUGCAGAAAAUGUGACACUUUGCAUGCAAACUCCCUGUUUGUGGCCCACAGUUUAUUAGAUCACUAUGAUUACUGA